AAUUUACAAAUUUUGAAUGCAGAUGGCUUUGUAAAAUUUUGACCCCAUGGUCGGCUCUCCUUAGUCGACAUAAAAAGUCCAAAAGUCAGUUCGUCGUGCUUAUUUACUAAGAAGCAGUCCUCUUGCUUUAUUAUAAGCCUUACACACUUGUACGUUCGCGGUGUUGAUUUAUCGGAACGUCUAUUAUCUUGGAAAAUGGGAGUGGCCUGGUGGAAUCUGCAAUCGCAACUGUUGGUGGCCAUCCAGAAGGAUGACGUCAUGAGAGCCAAGGAACUCUUGGCAGAUGGCGUUGACUGCGACGCACGAUUCAAUUUCGGCAGUCAUCGGCGACCUGCACUUUGUCUUUGUGUCGAACGUGACAGUUUAGAUCUCGUUCGUUUGUUGCUCGACUGGGGAUGUUCGGUGAACCAAUCAGAUACCCGAGGUCAGACAGCUCUUCAUCUGGCUGCCAGCAGAGGACAAUUGGGACUCCUCCAACACCUUUUGAGGAACAAAGCCAGCGUUCGUGCUCUCGAUGAACAGAAACGAACGCCAUUGCAUUGGGCGGCUCAACAUUCUUCUCCCGAAAUGGCUUUACUUCUUCUCCAGCAUCAAGCGGCAGUCGAUCCGCUCGACCAGGACGGAAGGACUCCAUUACUCUUGGCGUGCCAAAAUCCUUCAAGCUCGGCGACAGCGCAACAACUGCUGCGAUACGGGGCCAAUGCGAGAGCAGUGGAUUCGCUGGGAAACACGGCUUUGCAUUUAACAGCUGAUCCGCCAUUGAUGAAGGCUCUCAUCGCAUCCGGAGCGGCCGUCAACGCCUCCAACCAAGCCGGUCUGACACCUCUGCAUCUAGCCGUUCGCCACACGUCGACGUCACGAGUGGAAAUCGUCUCGUUACUCGCCCAAGCUGGAUGUCAGCUGGAUCAACCGACGCCCUUGGGUCAAACUGCUUUGCACACGGUUGUCCAGGAGAGAGAUGAAUCCAGUGCCAUUUUACUAUUGCGUUUCCAAGCUCGACCGGAUACGGUGGAUCGGCUCGGAUUACCUCCGCUGUUUCACGCCGCCCGUGACGGCAAUCUCCGUCUGGUUCAAGCUCUGCUGGCCGCCGGAGCUUACCAGACGCUUCGAGACCCCCAGUCGUGGAUCCGCCAGCCUCACUUGUUGGCCGAAGUCCGCGACGCCCAGAUCCUUCAGUUAUUGUUGACCACGGCUAACGCUUGUCCCCGUCUGACCUGGCUGGCCCGCUCAGCAUUCCGUGAUUACGCCAAAGAGAAAAGUGGCGUAGUCGCUUCCAAACUACUUUUCCCGCCGUCACUGGUCCAGUUUAUUAACUUUUCCGACGUCUUUGAAAACUGGAUUUGAAAAAGAAGCUCAUCGCAUAAUUUAAACAAACAAAAAAAAAUAAUUAAAACUAGGGAAACUUCAAUCUCGAAAUGUUUGAUAAAUUCGUCUUUUCUUUUUAUUUCUGAAAUGAUUCUUUCGAGAGUAAAAAAAAAAAAAAAUAUUAUUAACGUGAUCAUGAUAUAAGGCACUAUUAUUAUUAUACAAUGUGUGCGACUCUUUGAGAUGGAAUAGGCACUUGUUCGUCGAAUCAUCAUGUCUCGCAAUAAACAACAGCAGAGAAAUAUAAAGUGAAAGCUUAAUGAA